CGUCCUGCCCGUGCGCUUGCUUUUCUUUCCCGCUGCUGCCGCGCCUGCCCCGUUUUCCUGGCAUUCGUCGCCUCUUCGUCUGCCUCCUCCCUCCCUCCCUCUUCCUCUCCCAAGCACUGUCUGGCUUUCGGGCUCUGCGUCUUCGCCGUAUCUCUCGCUAAUAUGUCGUCCCGCAACCACAAGCGUCCCGUCUAUGUCUAUCCCACUGCCGAGGAGUGUGCUCUCAUCAAGCAGAGUUGGGACUAUAUCCUCUCCCCUCCUGUCUCCGAGUCUGGCGCCGACACCUCCACCAUCAACCUGACCAUUGCCCCGACUGAGCAUAGCGCCCUCAGCGAUCACAGCCAGAACCAUGUCGUCAGCACCACGGGCUUUGUCACCACCCAAUCGGCCGCCUUCACGGGUACUCAGCAAUACCCCAACUCGCCCGCCACCCAGUUCACCAUUGCAUUCUACACCAAUCUCUUCCACACCAACCCCGAGUACCGGUUCCUCUUCACGGAUGUCUUCCGACAGAGCAGCGCCCUGUCUGGAAUGCUCUCCCGAAUCGUCCGCAACGUUGAUCGUAUCUCCGAGGGCGCCGACGCCAUGCGGCGGCUGGGCUAUCGACAUGCUGCAGUCUACAAGAUCAGAGAUGAAAUGUACGAGACCGUUGGACGCAACAUGGUCUGCACCGUGCGCGAGACUUUGAUGAAGCAGGGUCGAUGGUCGCCCGAGAUCGAUUGGGCCUGGUUGACUGUCUGGACUCUUCUCUCGACCUGGAUGAAGGAAGGCGCUCACAUGAACCCCGACGAGAGCGAGCUCGACCAGAAGGAAAAGUGCUCAGUCAUGUAGACGGCCCCGAGCCCCCAACAGACAAAUACGCCAGCAGGGGGCACAUUCGCCGUCCCCUGGCGGUUUCGUCUCGACAAGUCUCUCCGCGCUGUUUGCCAACCUCACCCCAUGCCCCCAUGCACGACUUUGAUCGACCCCAGUUC